AGUUUGUACGAAACGUCAGAAUCUACGAAAGAAACGUAUACGAACGCAUGAACAUUGACAGUCACGUACCGCCGUCAUUCGAUCGCUAGAUGGCGACUGAUGGCGACUGAUGGCGUCUGCAACAUGAAGUUUGCGCAGCACGUGCAGCGAUCCUAAAAGAACUUCAGAGAGGGACUAUUUUUCUGGUUGAGGUUGCUCGCGUGUCAUGGAAACGCUGCUGCGGCGUUAUCUCGCAAUAGGAAUGCGUGUCGUAAAUUGGAAACGUUGAAGCUGCGGAGAUUUAACGUGGGAAACGGAGGGAAAGUGUCUCGUGGGGUGAGGCAGCAGUAGUCGAAUGAGGCAGAAGCACAUCCGCGAGGAAGACGGGAGGGUAGUGGCAGGAAAAUGCUCGCGAAGCGAAGAAAGACGCGAUGAUGCUCCCCGAGUGAGUGGAAGCCUCGAUCGUAGUGAGCCUGCCACUUGCGGCGACAUGGCGGGUUUUCGGGAAGAGGAUAAGGCUCUCUUCCCUAUUCAGAGUAUCUCCUCGAUCGUACAAAUCUUCCAGAACCAGCUGGAAAACAGUUCCGAGCCUGAUUUGGCUCUGCUGUCGAUUCUUGUUGGCGCUGUGGAAAAUUCGCUAACCUGCAAUCGGCCGGUUACGUCGCAAGAAAGCACCGUCUAUGAUGAGCCUAAAUUGCCGGCCGUAGAAUUUCACAUCGCCGAGGCGCUUUAUACUAAGUUCCAUGCUGUUAUCAAGGGUGCCGUCGACCUCACUGUCUACGACACUAAAUAUGCCACGAGAGAACUUGUCAAAAAAGUUUCGGAUGUCGUAUGGAAUUCUCUUACGAGAAGCUACUACAAGGAUAGAGCACAUCUUCAGAGUCUGUACAGUUAUCUCACGGCCAAUAAACUUGACUGUUUUGGAGUUGCCUUUGCAGUUGUUGCAGGGUGUCAGGUCUUGGGUUUUAAGGAUGUACAUCUUGCCAUGUCUGAAGAUCAUGCUUGGGUUGUUUAUGGUGAGGAUGGUAACGAAACAGCUGAGGUCACAUGGCAUGGGAAAGGCAAUGAGGAUAAACGUGGCCAGCCGGUUGAAACUGGUGUAGCUUCCCGCUCUUGGCUCUAUGUUAAUGGACAAGCAGUUGUUUGCAACAGAGCCAUGGAGGUUGCGACAAUAGUUUCUGCCAUAAAUCCUAGUCUAAGCGCAACUGCGGAUGCAGCUGAAGUAGCAUUACUCCAACAGGAAUUGCUUUGGCUUCUUUAUGAUUUGGGUCAUCUUGCAAAAUAUCCCAUGGCUCUGGGUAACUUGGGUGAUUUGGAAGAAGCAGCACCGACACCUAGUAGACCACCCGCAAUAGAAUUAUUUCAGGAGGCCGUUCGUUCGGCAAGAAAGUACUAUGGGAAUGCUCAUGUUUAUCCAUAUACGUAUCAAGGAGGAUAUUUAUACAGACACGGAUUACAUGCUAACGCGCUGGCCUCUUGGGCUGGUGCAGCUGACGUUUUAAGAAAAUACGAUUACUCACGGGACGACGGCGAGAUUUAUAAGGAAUUGCUGGAGAUCGCCAAUGAAUUGAUACCGCACACGGUGCGCGCCGAUGAGCGGCUUCUACGUCAGCCACGUUGUUUUGCGUAUCUUUUACGGUUUUACGACGGGAUUUGCCAAUGGGAAGAGGGGGCGAAUACUCCGGUGCUGCAUAUCGGUUGGGCAAGGCCUCUUGUUAACACCAUUUCAAAAUUCGACGCGAGUAUUCGUGCCCAGGUUGUAAUCGACUGUUACGACGCAGACUCCAAGCAAGAAGAGGAGAAAACACGAAAGCGGGAAGCGACGCCCGAAGAGUCGCUCAACAACAACAACAACAAUAAUAACAACAACAGCUACUGCAAGACGAAGGAGCGAGGAAGUACGGCACGGGAUCUCAUAAAGAGUCUCGAGUCGAAAGUUCCAGCAAAUCCGGCACCGAUGCAUCCCAGUAUUCAGGCACUCACAGCAGCUUGCAGCGAGAAGAUUCUUAAUAGGGAUUAUCUACUUCAGGGUGGCGGUGAACCAUUUGUUGCUCCUCCAGAGGAUACUUUACCACCGGCACCUUCCACUUCCCAAGAGAAUCUAGAUCCAGAAGUAGAGACCGAUUCUGAGAACGAGAAGCCCAGGAUAACUCUGUACAGUCAAAAGAUGAAGGGCUUGAAGGAUCUGUUGCUCGCGGAGAAGCUCAAUACUCACGCUAUAUCGCUUCAGUUGACUGCACAGAGUCAAGUACAAAUAGGUGGGCCAGCCGGCAUUUUUCAGUAUUCGAUGCUGCAUCGACGCGUCACAAAAACAAAGCGACAGCGCGGUUACGCAUUAAAGGUGUCGAUACGCAUAAUAGUAGUUAUACGAGAGAUACGGUGUAACAGAACAGUAUUUUUAUAUUAACGGGGCGCGGAAGUCUGUUAGCAGCGGCUCGGUGCUGUGCUUAAUUCAAGGCUAUGACGGUGGCAGCGGCGGCGGCGGCGGCGGCGGCGGCGGCGGAUUUCGUAAGCGCGCAGAUGGCGAUUCGUCUGUGUGACGUGACGAUGAUAUAAAUCAUGCGAAUAACAUAAAUGACUUCGCGACUCUUCUUUUCGGUGAUUUGCGCGCUCCCGUAAACACUCUUUUACGUUUUUCCCUGUUUUACCACGCUGAUCGCUGACUUUCUCAUUUCUACCGUUUAGCCCCUCCAGACUUUUUAUUUUCACAUACUCCUAUUCAGCUGCUUAAUAUUUCGACGACGAAUUCUAGCAGCUAGCAUUGUAAACCGAUAUUUUUUUGUAAUCUGGUUCGCGACGCUAUGGCCGAUAUUAAUCUUGGACACACACCCUGCCUUUACUUCUUGAACAUCGAUGUCAAAUAAUUGUCUGUAAAAGGGUCUGUUCUGUGCGCUAAAUUCAAUGAGGAUGGUCAUACUGUCGAAUUUACUAUUCGCCUCAAUGAUAAAACUACUUCGUGCCAUAGGUCCCACUUUUCCUUCGAUUCAUAAGCACUGUCGUCGAUUCUGUGAAAGAUUAUAAUCAAAAUGCCCCAUUGUCCUUAGCGCACAAGAGUGACCUGGCUGUGUAGCAUCUAGUUGGUCCGACGCCGACCACUCCGUAGUCGACAUGUAAAUAAGUGAGACUCAAGUGCUCGAUGCUUUUCAAGGACGUUAAUCAUACAGAAAAUACGCGAGCGAGACGCCGCCUGUCACUUUGAAAUUUUGGCGAUUGACUUCCGUAAAGUCUUCGAUUGUCGUUCUGAAAUCAUCGAGUCCUCGCGUCUUCGCCGAGAAUAUUCAUGUAACAAUUUAAUCGACGAAAUCUACUUCCACGGGGGCAUGUAACUAGAGGGAUUAAGCUACCUAUUCGUAGAAUCAUAAGUAAAAAAAAAACUCUUUAUCCCAUUCGCUGAGAAUACUUCAUGUACUUAAAGGAAGCUUCUGUAGGAGCUGCAGCAUCAGUGAUACGUUAUUACGAUUGUUAUGUUAACACUUAACUACAAAGCUACUCCUUGUUGAGGCCUCACAAGCCUCUUUUAUCCGAUCGACGAAUGUGCAUCCAAUUGCAUAAUGAAUUUGCUCUCCACGUUAAACCGUCAGAGAUGCUAUUAAAUAAAUAAAGAGAUGCACGACGCUCUCGCUGCUUUUGCCAUUUACUUCUUUUGAUAUUUUACGCACGAAAUAAUCAUGGCGAGAGCACGGAAUAGGGUACAUGCUACUCGACUGUUGGGAACUCCCUUGUUCCCAUUUCCACACACAUAAAAUAUUCUCUUCCGAUGAUUUUUCUGCGACGUCAAAUAGUGUAGUUGCAGUUGUUGUUAACCGACAGAACAGUGAGUUGUAAGGCAUCAUGGGAAUGUCUUGUUUUUCUGUGGAUCACAAUAAACUAUUUUAUUCUAA